UGCGUGUGUUUUCAACAAAACGGGAAGGUCAGACACGCCCGCACGUAGCCACGGAGCAUGAUUAAUUAAUAAUUACUCAUUAGCCUUCGAGUAUCCAAGUCCAGUCAGUUCUACUUGCUAAACUCCGAUAGCUGUUCGGUUGUAGGUCGAAGCGUUGAUCGUCCUUGACAUUGAUGAAUUCUCUCUUGACCUAGGAAGUAAGGUUAGCACGCGAGAUAGCCCAAACACCGGUAGCUGGUGGAUGUUCCGUGUAGGUCGUGUGUAGCGCUCUAAUGGUUAGCAGUCUGUGACCCACCACACUAUCCCAGCAUGCCUUCUUAUGACGUCACAGACCCCAGCCCCCAGAAUGGGGGUCAGAAGUCACCUGAGGGGGAGAAAAGUAAACCCAUGUUACCCAAGUCUCCAUCAACAGACAAGUCAUCCAGUGCUAGCUUGUCCAGCCCCAAGACCAAGUCUGGCCGACCGCCCUUGGAGACACAAACGUCCACAGCGUCCAUGAGACGGAGGAAGUUCAGCAGACGGACCUCCUCGAGUUUUGACUUUCACCAUGUAGACUCAGUGGCGUCUGCUCCAAGUCUGCAGCUAGAGGAAAUAGAUUUAAGUCAAGUUCCCUGGUGGACCUCACACAGAUUCCGGCUGGCUAUUUUGUCUUUCUUUGGGUUUGUCAUUUUGUACGCCCAGCGAGUCAAUCUCAGUAUCACCAUAGUGUCCAUGGUUGACCACUCUAAACGCCUGGCUCUAGCAACUGGCAAUAGCAGCAACUGGACAUCUGACCCCAACAUGACCAGUUACAACUUGACCACAACUUUGUCUCCAGAACAACUGAAAUGUCCAGAACUUGGCUCCAAGGCACAUGCAGGAGAGUUCGAUUGGAGUAAGGAGACAGAAGGACUCUUGCUAGGAGCCUUUUUCUGGGGAUAUCUUGUUUUUCAAGUUCCAGGGGGACGACUCAGUGAAAAGUUUGGGGCCAAGAAAGUGAUAGCCAUCGCCAUGUUUCCUGUCUCCAUCCUCACAAUUCUCUCCCCUGUGGUGGCUCGAGCCAACCCAUGGCUCUUCUUGGUGCUGAGAAUCUUUGUUGGCCUUGGGGAGGGUGUCAUGUACCCAGCAGCACAAGCUUUUUGGGCUAAUUGGGCCCCUCCUAAUGAGAGAAGUCGCUUGAUUGGGUUCUCAUAUGCAGGUGGACAAUUUGGCAAUGCAAUUAUUUUCCCCAUUGCUGGCUACCUUUGUGCAUAUGGAUUUGAUGGUGGAUGGCCCAGCGUCUUCUAUAUCAUUGGUGCCGCUGGGUUCCUGUGGUGUGUUUUGUGGGUCAUCUUCGCCCAUGACACACCUGAACAGGACAAAACCAUCUCAGACAUUGAGAAGAAAUACAUCAAGUACUCCAUUGGUGAGAGGUCAAAAAACAAAAAAAUUAGCAAAGACAUCCCAUGGAAAGCCAUCUUUACAUCCCGGCCUGUAUGGGGGAUUCUGAUCGCUCACGCUUGCGGCAACUACGGAGCGUACAUGUUGCUGACCAAACUCCCAGCUUACAUGAAGGAGGUGCUCAAGUUUGACAUCAAAUCUAAUGGCAUCUUCUCUAUGCUGCCCUAUCUACUGUUCUGGUUCUUCAUCACGCUGAGUGGGAUGAUAGCAGACAUGUUGAUCUCCAGGGGGAUCCUGAGCAUUGGCAACACAAGAAAACUCAUGGCCACAAUUGGUAUGAUCGGUCCGUCUGCAUUUUUAAUUGGCACCGGCUUCAUGGAGUGUGACCAGCAGGUGGCAGCAGUGGUCAUGUUGACCAUCUCCAUUGGGCUGUGUGGCUUCCAUUUCUCUGGCUACUUCAUCAACCACGGAGACAUCGCCCCGCCCUAUGCUGGGACCUUGUUUGGGCUGUCCAAUACGCUGGCCACAAUACCAGGGAUCAUCUCGCCGUAUAUCGUGUCCGCUAUGACUAAAAAUGGUACAAGAGAGGAAUGGCUUUCAACAUUUUAUGUUGCAGCAGCUAUUUACUGUUCUGGUGCUCUUUGGUACAUCAUAAUGGGCAAUGGAGAGAUUCAAAGCUGGGCAGGUGGUAAGGAUGAUAAGGACGAUGAAGAAGGUGACGUAGGGUUUGGUCUACAUGAGAUACAGGAGGCUGUGCAUGAAGAAGAUGAAGAUGAGGAGGGAGAGAAGAAGAAAGAGCUCCUUCCUUCUCCCAAGAAAGACGGCAGCCCAUUAAAGGAAAAUGUCUAGCCUGGAACAAAUGAUUUGGUCAAAGGUUUUUUUUAAGAAAGGUUCAAAAUAUUACAGUGUUAAAAUAGGCAGUAAAGGCUAUUGUGAAAAUAUGUUACUGUACCAGGCGAAAACUUGAAGUAACGAAUUAUUUGGUCAUAGAUUUUCUAAAAGGGUGGAGCAAUUACUGUUUUAAAUAAGCAAGUACAUGCCACUGUAAAAUAUAUCAGUGCACCAAUCUAAAUCUGUUGGCAAGUACAAAAUACUAUUAAAAAAUUUCUUGCCACUGCUCAAGCUAUCAGUAGUAUCUGCUUUUGUACAUACCUGCAUGGAUUUAGUGUGUGUGAAGAGUAGAUAAAACUUUGCAUCUCAUUUUAAGAUUGUAUUUAUUUAUAUUUAUUAUGUAAAACUAAUCACAAAACUUUACACUAAAGGUGUGGGGAAAUCUUUAAAGAAAUAUAAAUACAAAUUUAAUUUUACAUGCACAAUAUUGUAUAUAUAUUCUACUUGAUACCAGAAUUAAGGAAAAAGAAUUUUUUUUAAAAUUUUGAAAUAAAUCAGCUGUGAUAAAUCUUUAGCUCUUAUAAACUAUUCCAACCAUUUAAAGGGAAGUAAGGAUUUUGUCAUUAUUUUGAUCUGUUAUAAAAAUAUAACUAAAUGUCAGUUUUACAAAUUAUGUAAAUACGUCAGGUUAAAAUGCACCUGAUAUAAUUAUAAUUUGCAGAAACUUGCCUGUUACCGCUCAGUUCUAGAGUUGCUGCUAUCAUCAUCACUAUGCCAAUUUGUAACCAAAAAAAAUUAAUUAAAACCAAACUGCUGUCUUAUUUAAAACAUGAAUACAAGAUAAGGAUCUAUAAAUAGUAAAUAAACAAUCUUCAAUUGGAAAUAUUAGAUUUUUAAAAAUAUGACAUUAGUUGUGCAACCAAAGCCCUAACAUUAAAAAAAUACCUCAACUUCCGUAUUGAAAAGUUAUAUUAUAACCUUAAAAACAUUUUUGUAUUGAACCAUAAUUAAUUAAAUUGCCUGUUGAAUUUAUCUGAUAGCAAAA